UGAGAAUAUCAAUUAAUGAGACCGCUCCAAACGCAGGGCUUGGUGGUAGGGUGCCAUUGGCAGCUCAGCUCUGCGACUCUUACAGUGAGAGACAGAGAGAAAGGCAGAGUUUCAAAUCUCACUUGCAUCUGGCCGGCCCUGUCAUCUCAACCUCCCAAGUGCACGGCCAUUGGCCGCUGGCAGAGAUGUGUGACCGCCGUAAUGAGCUGCCUACCACCUGCCAGGCACAAGAUCCUCUUCUCGUCGCCCUGCCGCACCCCCCUGGUGAGCGGGCGCAACAGCGCCAAGGAUCAUGGCCUUGUCCAUUGGACACCAUCCCGUUGCCUACGAGCAUGAUGGGGGCACCCAUUACAACUUACGGCUUUCGAUACUGCUAUUCCCUUUGAGGAAGUGGCUUUCGAGAUGGAGCGCCCAUGUCGAGUAAAGAGAAAACCAAAGUCCCCAUUCCCAAGCCCAAGAGCGUCAACGGUGCUGCCCGCUCGUAGCGGAACGGGCAAGGGUGAGGAACAUGGCUCGAUUCUUGCUUUUCCCCAACAGGUCGAUCAUUCAUCACGGAGCCUUGUAGGACCGCUUGUCCUGUGCGUCUCCUCUGCUCUUGAUGGUUGGUGAAGGCCCUGAAGGAUGGGCCGGGGUUUUAAUAAUCUGCUUGCUGCUGGCCCUCCUCUUCCGGGUGUUGUAAGCGUAUAUCUUUGCUGCCACCCCUCCAAAUCGGCUCGCGACG